UUGUCGAGACUAACCCUCGUAAGGCGGCUUUCAGUUCAUCUCAAGUAAGGUGUUUACAAUAUACCGAAAUGGGGAUUGGCUACGUAGUUAUUGCGCUUUCAUUUGUUGGCAUCUGCCAUGGGUUGGAUAUGAGUCGGUUGCAGCCGUACAAUUUUACGGCAGAGAUCAUGUUCAUCGUGGAGGAUUUAGACCAAGACGGGAUCAUGACUGUCGCCGAGAUUGACACCGUCUUCGCGCAAUAUGACACCAAUGGCGAUGGAAAAGAGAGCCGACACGAGUACACGGCGUUUAUAUGCGCCGCUGAUCCUGCCCUCUACCAAAUUAGCCACUAUUUGUACGACGCAUACGACGUCAAUGGUGACCAUAAACUCGAUUUGGUCGACUACGAGGGCUUCCACAAUAAUAUGGAUAGCAACAACGAUGGACUACUCAACAUGGAAGAAUUUGUGGCCUAUUGGGUAGCACUACUCACGAGUAUUGAAUCCGUUGGCAACCAUCAGCACGGACAGUCGCACGAACACGGCGCUCCAGCUUGCCAUACCUAACCAUGACGUGUUUGACCACAUUGCUAUGUUUGCGGAGUGAUGAAUUAAAAAUAGAAACGCU